AUGUAGAAUUUGAUAUCUUUAUUCUAGGAUCCAAAUAUGUUUGCUCAUAUAAAUUAAUAAAGUGCAUAAUACAAAAAAACACUAAAAGUAAUACUCUUAUUAAUCAGUAUACAAGAAUUUAUAAGAUGCAUCAAAUAAGACUUUAGAAUUAUUUAUAAUUUCUAAAACAUGGAUUCGUUAAUGGAAACAAUAUUAGCAUUUUGAUGAAACCUAAUACUAUAAUCACAAUUAAAUAUACCAAAAGGUAAGCAUAGAAAUUUAUUUCUAAGCCUGGACCUAUAAAUUCUGAUUUAAAAUCUGAUGAAGCUUUUCUAUUCAACUAUCCAAAUAAUCAUUCCUUCAAUUAAAAAAUAGUAAAAUUACAUCCAGAAGAUUAUGUUUUAGUAAGUCAUUCAUUCUAAGUUAGGUUGGAAGUGAUUUGAUGAAUAUGUGGGAUUUAGAAUUUGGAUCUGAUUUAAUUAUUUAAAGAUGGAUCAUCUUUAAUGAAAGGUCUAAACCAAUUUCAAAUGUCAAUUUACUCAGAGUAUUAAUAAUUAAAAUCUUAUUAGCAAAGCAUUUAUCUGAAAAUUUAAAAUUCUAUUUAAGGUAUCAUAUAAGUAGAUGAAAGAUUUUUAAUUAAAGAGUGGAUUUCUUUAUUAAAAUAAGUUCUUAUAAAUGAAUUUAAAUUGAACUGUGAAAAUAUUAGAUUAUGGAAACAUAAACAUUAUGCUUCUAAUUAAGCUAUUAAACAAUUAGAAUAAUUAAAUGGAAAAUUUAAUGGAUAGAUAUUGGAUGAAAAUUUAUGUGUAGGAGAUUAUAAUGCUGAUUUAAUCAUUAUUGAUAUUUAAUUAAGUGGAAAGUGGUAAUAUGAGUAAUUAGAUUUAAAAGUAAAUAGUUAUAUUAUUAUUUUAGAGAGCUUGCUAAGAAGAAUUCAAAUAUUUAUUUAAUAAAGCUUAUAAAGGGUGUGAUAAAUUUUAUUGCAAUAGAAAUUACUGUAAUAGUAAUCCAAUAAUUUCUUAAUUACAAUUUGAAAAAGCUAGUUUAUAAUAAUUUCUUAUUGAAUUAUUUAAAGAGAAUAGUGUAGAUUGGAAUGAUGUGUGCUGGAAUACUGAUAAAGAAUUAAACCCAAUUUAAGAAUUAAAUGGAGAUUUUCUAGAAGAAAUAAACAAAUUGACAAAUUAUCCAAAUAGUUUUGGAGGUUCAUUUAUUUAAGGUUUUAAUGGUUCUUAUGAUUUUAUACUAAUGAAUAAUGGAGAUCCAAGAUUAAAUAUGUUUAUAAUCAAUGAAAUAAAUAAAUUUAUUGAUUGUAAUAUUUUAAGGGAUUGGAUAAGAAAUCUAUAUAGAUCAAAGGAAAAAAGUCUAUUUAAAUUGAGAUCAAUACUUAUUAUUUUGCAUUUUGGAUGUUUUAAUUAGAUUAUAUCUGAUAAAUAGAACAAUUUAUUUGAGUAUUUGUUCCAUUUGGAUAAAGAUAGCAAGAACCUGUUGUCUUAGUAUAUAAUCUUUCUUCCAAAUUAGCAAUUUAAUAUGAUAAUAGAAGAAAUGAUUAAAAAUUUGUCAACUUUUAUAAAGCACUAAUCUUAAUAACCAAUUUAAUUAUUAUAAAAAGAAGAUAUUUAAUAUUUAAAAAAUCAACUAGAAUUUUUACAGUUAUUUUACAAAUCUAAUGAGAAAUUGAAAAGAGUUAGUAAUGAGAAAUUUAUUAUUAAUGAAGUAACAAUACUUUAUCCAAAACAAGCUGAGUUGUUAGAAUAUAAAUAAUUUAUUAGUUAUUAAAAUAAUUCAUUUGAGAGUUAUUACUUUACUUUUUGUUAAUAUCCAUGGGUUAUUCCAAUUGAGUUUAAAUAUCAAAUUUUAACUUUGGAUUCUAGUAUAAAUCAAAGAAACUAGGGCGAUUUGAUUUGGUAAUAGAUAGGGUUUAACUCUUUAAAAUUAUUAAUUGAUAGAAAUGAUAUUGUAAACUGUGCAUUAGGAUAGCUUUCGAAACCAGGAAUUAAUCUGAAAUCUAAAUUAUCAAUAGUUUUUAAGGGAGAAUAAGGUAUAGAUUAAGGAGGUCUGACAAGAGAGUUUUUCUCAUUAUUAUCUCAUAAACUUUUCGAUAUUCAAUUUACAAUGUUUGUCACAAAAAACAAUAAUACUGUGUUAUGGUUUAAUAAAUAUCAUAUGGAGAUGCCUGUUAAAUAUGAAUUAAUUGGAAUGUUAUUAGGAUUGGCUCUAUAUAAUUAAGGUAUAUUUAUAAUAAAUGAUUUAAGUAUUGCUUGAUAUUAGCUUCCCGUAGUUAGUAUUUAAGAAGUUGAUGAAUGAACAAGUUUCCUUUGAAGAUCUUAAAGAAUUAGAUUUAGAUACUUAUAAAGCAUUAAAUCAAUUAAGUUAAUAUGAAAAGGAUGAUAUUGAGGAAACCUUUGCAUUAAAUUUUACAAUUACUGAAUAUGAUAAUUGGGGAUAAGCCUUAAAUAUUGAAUUAAUAGUAAAUAUUUAAUUAAUUAAUAGUAAAAUGGUUCAUAAGUAAUUGUCAAUUAGAAAAAUAAACAUUAAUACAUAAAACUAUGUAUUGAGUAUUAUUUGAAUGAUUCAAUUAAGAAGGAAUUCGAAAAAUUUCAUAAAGGAUUUUGGAAGGUUGUGGAUGGAAAUGGGAUUAAAUUGUUGACAGGAACUGAGUUGCAAACUAUGAUAUUGGGACAAAAAUACAUUAAUAUGUAAGAACUAUAAUAGUCUACAAUAUAUGAUGGAUACGAUUAGAAUUCUGAAUAUAUAAGAACUUUCUGGGCUUAUAUUCAUUAAUUUGAUGAAUAACAGUAGAAGAGAUUUUUAUUCUUUUGUACAGGAUCAGAUAGAAUUCCUGUGGGAGGAUUAAAAUCACUAAAAUUCUUAAUUUAGAAACAUGGUGAAGGUAGAAAUUAUAUUAUAUAUAUAUAGACACUGAGGAAUUACCAUCAGCACAUACAUGUUUCAAUAUUUUUUUAUUGCCGUAAUAUGAUUCUGUUGAAAAGAUGAUAAUAAAAUUGUAGAUUGCUUUUGAAAAUAGUGAAGGAUUUGGACUUAUAUGA